AUGGUCGUAGUGAAAAUUUAUACUCCUUUACCAGCUGAACACUUCAUAAAUAUCAAAUUCAAAGGUUUUCGAGGAACAGAUUGUGCUGAAGAGGAUUUCACACUUGCUGAUCUACCCUAUAUGAAUUUGAAUGACUGGAUUUCGUUGUUUCUAAUCUUAUUAAAAGAUGAAGUAAAGUAUGAGUCAAUCGUUUCUCAUCUAAGAAGAAUGUUGAUUUGCUACAUUUAUGAAGUAGCAAAGCUGGUUGUUGAAAUUGCUUUUGUAUUGAAGAAGAAACAAGUUGUGAAUCCGAAAGAAGAUACAACUGAAUUUGAGAAGAGAAAACUGAGUAAAAUGAAGAAAGCAGAUUGGAGAGUGGUAUAUCAAAGAAGAGAGGGUGAUAAAGUUAAGAAGAGUUUGUUCUUUUUACUAGACAAACAUUUAUACUCCGCUACAACCUUGAACCAUAUCAUUAAGUUAACCGUAACAUGCAAAGUAAAUAAUGAAGGAGAUCUGAAAUGCUUCUUUGAUAUGAUCAAGUGGUAUAUUAUCAUUCAGAACACACUUCUAAUGACCAAGUUGUUCAAGGUUCAUAAGGUUCAACAUUGA